AUGGAUCCAGUCCUUGUCCUGGUGCUCACCCUCUCCUGUCUGUUUCUCCUCUCACUCUGGAGUCAGAGCUCUGGGAGAGGGAAGCUCCCUCCUGGCCCCACUCCUCUUCCAAUUAUUGGUAAUUUACUCCAGAUAGAUGUGAAGGAUAUUCACAAAUCCUUAACCAAUUUAUCAAAAGUUUAUGGCCCUGUGUAUACUCUAUACUUGGGCAGGAAGCCCACUGUGGUGUUGCAUGGUUAUGAGGCAGUGAAGGAAGCGCUGGUUGAUCAUGGGGAGAUAUUUGCUGGAAGAGGAAGUUUCCCAGUGUUGGAGAGAGCUACUAAAGGAAUGGGCAUUGUAUUUAGCAGUGGAAAUAUAUGGAAAGACACAAAGCGCUUCUCACUCAUGACUCUGCGGAAUUUAGGCAUGGGUAAAAGGAGCAUUGAGGACCGUGUACAAGAGGAAGCGCGGUGCCUUGUAGAGGAACUGAGGAAAACCAAUGGCUCACCGUGUGAUCCCACAUUCAUCCUGGGCUGUGCUCCCUGCAAUGUCAUCUCUUCCAUUGUUUUCCAGGGUCGUUUUGAUUAUAAAGAUCAGGAUUUUCUUAACUUGAUAGAAAAAAUUGAUGAAAUGACCAAUGUUCUGAGUGACCCCUGGUUGCAGGUUUGCAAUACAUUUCCUGUUCUGCUUGAUUAUUGUCCAGGAGGUCAUAACCUAUUUUUUAAACAUUAUACUUUUAUUAAAAAUUACAUUUUGGAGAAAAUAAAAGAACAUGAUGAAUCAUUGGAUGUCACAAUGCCUCGGGACUUUAUUGAUUAUUUCCUAAUUAAAGAAAGGCAGGAAAAACACAAUUUCAAUAGAAAAGACUGCAAUCAACCAUUAAAAAAUAUGCUUGAACACAUGGCAAUAACAAUGACUGAUCUAUUUACUGCUGGGACAGAGACAACAAGCACAACGCUGAGAUAUGCUCUCCUACUCCUGCUGAAGUACCCACAUGUCACAGCUAAAGUCCAGGAAGAGAUUGAGCGUGUGAUCGGCAAACACCGAAGCCCCUGCAUGCAGGACAGGAGCCACAUGCCCUACACAGAUGCCGUGAUUCAUGAGGUCCAGAGAUUCAUUAACCUCACCCCCACUGCCCUGCCUCAUGAAGUGACCUGUGACAUAAAAUUCAGGAACUACUUCAUCCCCAAGGGAACAUCAGUAAUACCAUCACUGUCAUCAGUGCUGUAUGACAGCAAGGAGUUUCCCAAUCCAGAGAAGUUUGACCCUGGCCACUUUCUAAAUGAGAAUGGAAACUUUAAGAAAAGUAACUGCUUCAUGCCUUUUUCAGCAGGGAAACGGAUGUGUGCAGGAGAAGGUCUGGCACGCAUGGAGCUGUUUCUGUUCCUAACCAGCAUUUUACAGAACUUCAACCUGAAACCUCUGGCUCACCCAAAGGACAUAAAUACAACCCCAGUGAUCAGUGGAUUGACCUCAGUGCCUCCUCCUUACCAGCUCUGCUUCAUUCCCAUCUGAAAGUCAAAUG